GUAUACUUAAGUAUAAUUUAAUUUAAUUGUUAUGUAUAUCCCUGAUACGUACAUCAAAAGUAAACUGAAAGCAUACUCUCUUAUUUUAAGUUUAAAAGAAGAACACUAAUAGCACACUUGAAUAGACUUACUUUUGGUAAGGCUCUGUAAGGAGUCCCCUGGACCCAAAACGUUUGAGAACCGCUGUCCUGGACUGUUUAUCCUAUUGUGUUUGUGUGUUCUGCAUAUACUCUGUGAAAUAUGCAGUCUCAGCUUAUGUAACAUCAGAGCCUUGUUUUGGUUGUGAUGUUGCAUAAACAGUGAGGUUUGUCCUGUUAUCAGUCUCCUGCGGCGGGUUGGAGCUGGGGGACAGCUCUGAUAAGUGACCUGCUGGGAUUUCCUCUCCUCCUCUCCUCCUCUCCUCCUCCCCUCUCCUCCUCCUCCUCCCUCCUGUCAUGAGUGGAUGUGCUGAGGUGAGCUGAGGUGCGGUGUUGUGAGAACGGGAAGCUCUCUGUUUGUUCUCUUUUUGUUUGUCCUCAGUGCGUAACAGCGCGCGGCCGAUGCGCAUCUCGAGGUCUCAUCUAACGAGGAGAGGCGGGUCCGCCGGGACCUACAUGUACUGUACUGGUAUAAAGUGGGCUGAGACGGGCUAUGUAGGCCUGAGUCCUGCUGGUAGCAGAGAGGAGGACCACAAACACACUGAACCGGGUUCAUUCAGCAGCGGACACAAGAGACAGCAGCAGCUAUCAUGGACGUCAAUGAUGUCAAGACUCCUGACCAUGAACUGGUGCAGCACAAAGGAUUCAACUUGAUCAGCGGGAUUCAUGAUCCAGACGAUGUGGACCAGAUUUACGACCUGGAGAUCAGAGACUCUGAUGUGUUUGCCGUCACAUACCCAAAAUCAGGGACCAUCUGGAUGCAGCAGAUCAUGUUGCUCCUGGAGGCGAAGGGAGAUCUGACCGCCAUCAGUAAGGUCAACAACCACUCCAACGCUGACCUCGUCCCCUGGAUAGAGUUGAAUGGCACCAGAGAGACGUUCAUCACCGCUCCGUCACCCAGGCAGAGGGUCAGCCAUCUGCAGUUCCAGUUCAUGCCUGCUGCUCUGAGCCAGAAGGGCAAGGUGAUCUACGUGGCAAGAAAUCCCAAAGAUGUCCUCGUGUCUUACUUCUACUUCCACAAAGUUGCAAACAUGUUGGAAACUCCGAAGGAUUUCGAUGACUUCUUUGAGAAAUUCAUGAGAGGAAACGUGUUUGGGGGCAGCUGGUUUGAGCACGUUAAGACGUGGUACUCGCACAAGGAUGAUAUGAACAUGCUGUUCAUCACGUAUGAAGAAAUGAUUCAAGACCUGCAGUCCGCAGUGGAGAGGAUCUCCUUGUUCCUGGGUAAAGAGCUGACUGAUGAGCAGCUGGCCGAUGUGGUGAAACACAGCACCUUCAAGAACAUGAGGAAGAUCCCUCAGGCCAACUAUGAGCAGGUUCCAGGUGCUCUGCUCAGCCACCACCAGGGAAGAUUCAUGAGGAAAGGCACCAUCGGCGAUUGGAAGAAUCACUUCACCGUGGCCCAGAACCAGAGGUUUGACGAGCUCUUCCACAGAGAGAUGAAGGACGUGCCUCUGUGUUUUAUCUGGGACAUCAGGGACAUUGAAUGAUCAGUUGUUGGUCUCAUGACAACAGUAAGAAGAAGAUAGUCACAGUUGCAGCUUCAUGAACACUAUGUGCAUGCUAUACAGAGAAAAAAAAACAUUUUCAUGCCAGCUUCUCUUUCCUUCUGCCAUACUAGUGCCUUUGUACAUUUUAGCCUAUGAGGCUACACUUUACUGCAGUUUUCCAAAGCAUACUAUAGUGUUUUCUCCCUUCCAGGCAGCCGCUGGUUUCCAUUCAUUUUAGUAGACUUUGAAAAUCUAUGCAAACCUGCAUUGAGGACAGAAUAUGUAGGUAUUUUCUUAUGAUCAGCUAAUAGAGAUGUUUUAACACUGGAUGGCGGUGUGUCCAGCUUCUCCGGUCCAGCUUUCGCUGUGGGUCUGUAGGUAGUCCCCCUGGCGCUGCUGCACCGACGCACGACGAUUGCCUCAUUAACGUUAUGUUUCUGUUAUAGCAUUGGGUUUAAACAGUGGUGGAUGAAGUACCUGAAAGCCACACCGGAGUAAAAAUACAGCCACCUAACCAGAAAAUGACUUUAGUAGAAGUUAAAGUCACCUAUUAGAGAGUAAAAGUCUUAAAGUAUCUGAUAUUUCCUAUAUUAAAUGUACUUAAGUAUUGAAAGUAAAAGUACAGUUAAACGCUGUUAAUGAAAAAGCAAGAAUUUUGAGAUUUAUGAAGUUUAUUCCUCCUAACAUUUACGCCACCUUCAAAACGGAGGCUACAUUACACUUGGAGAAAAACGAGGUCUUCACUACUUUAAGGAUUUAAAGAACAGAAUCCAGUUUUUCCUUCCCUCGUAGUCGCAAGUAGUGUGAUCUGACAUGCAGGCUCCCUGGACUUGAGCAGAAAUCAAAACUUAACUACGGCGUUCAGAGCGCUUUGCACUUGCCCAUCACGUGAAUGAUCGACCACUGAUUGACCAAACCUGCUUGCUUGCAAUAGUAACCAAGAUGUUUAGGGGAAAUGUAUCGGAGUAAAAGUAUAUGUCUUAUUUAGGAAAUGUAGUGGAGUAAAAAUGAAAGUUGACAGAAAUCUAAAAACUCAAGUAAAGUA